AGUGAGAAAAGAAAAAAAUAUCGAGCGAGAGUAGUCCACUUCCUCGUGUAGUCAACUGAACUAUCCGGGUCCGGAUUAAAUAUCCAUCUUCAAAUACACCGGCGGUGUGCCUAGGGUUUCUAAAUCCAAAUCGAAAUCGCCGGGGGCUCAAAUUCACCGUCGUUUAAUCGAUCCUCCCGACUACGCCCCACAGAUCGCACUCUUCCCGCACUUUUUUUGCAGCGGAGUUGAGGUUGGUCAAAAGUAUGAACAGGCAACAUGUUGUGCAGUCCCAGCCUGCUAAUGGUUUUAGUCGUAGAACAACUGAUAAAGAAACUGGAACUAGAGUCGAUAGUAUGCUGGUGACUGGAAAGAUUGUCUCAAGUAUGCUGGCGGGCGAUAGUGAGGGAGGAAGUGGUAGUCCCUCGCAUGAGAGGCUAGUUUAUUUGGCAACAUGUCUUAUAGGACAUCCUGUGGAAGUCCAAGUGAUAGAUGGAUCUGUAUUCUCUGGGAUAUUUCAUGCCACAAAUGGCGACACAAAUUUUGGAAUUAUUUUAAAAAUGGCUCGCUUGAUGAAGGCUGGUUCUUCUCGUGGACAAUUGGAUAUUUUAGAUUCUGUUAACAAGCCUCCUUCAAAGACUCUGAUCAUACCAGCUAGAGAACUUGUGCAAGUUAUGGCAAAGGGCGUGUCCGUAACCAGAGAUGGCUUAGCUAAUGAGAUUCAGCAUGUGAAGCAACAAGAAAUUAUGACGGACUCAAACAUAUCUCAGUCACGUCAUGUUGAGGUGGAAAGAGAAUUGGGGCGUUGGGUACCUGAUGAUGAUGAUCGAGAGUGUCCAGAACUGGACAACAUAUUUGAUGGCCCUUGGAAUAGGGGCUGGGAUCAGUUUGAAGCAAACGAAGCAUUGUUUGGUGUAAAAAGCACUUUUGAUGAGGACCUUUACACCACUAAACUAGAUAGAGGCCCUCAAAUGAGAGAACUUGAAAUCGAGGCACUACGAAUAGCCAGGGAGAUUGAGGGUGAGGAUACCCAAGAUCUUCAUCUAGCUGAGGAAAGAGGCUUAAAACUUCAAAAAGACUAUGAAAUGGACGAGGAGGCUAGAUUCUCAUCGGUCUUGCGUGGAGUUGAUGAUAGUGGAUUUGAUGAAAAAGAAAACCUUCUGGAUAUACAUAAUAGUGAAACCUUUGGCAAUGUCUCUGGUUUUGUUGGCAAGUCUUUUUCAGACUUCCCUAGUGGACGAAGUAUUGGUGCUGCUCAAUUGCCAUCAAGUUCUACUAUGGGUUUGGUAGAAUCUUCUUAUUCAAUCAGUGGCAGCGAAUACCUCCCAGUUUCUGACAAGGACAAUUUUUCAUUUGAUCGUGGAAGCAGGUUUGAAGAAUUUGGAUUCAGUGAUGAACUCACAGAUCACAUUAAGGAUGAGUCAGAAAUGCCAAAUUUAGCCGAGGAGGGUCAAGCGUCAGAAGCCAAUUAUUCACAUCCAUCAACAAGGCUUAAGAGAGCAUCCUCUGACAAGGUUGGACUGUCCCCUAAUGCGGCUGCAUAUGCUCCAACUUCAGCAACUCCUGGGAAGAAUUUUUCUAGUAAUUCAUCUGAGAAUCUUCCAUCAGCCAAACAACGUGAAACAACACAAUCUGUUCUCACGCGUGCACGACCUGGUAGCUCAACAUCGUCAACUUCAGAUUUUGGAAAUGCUAUUCCUGCUUCAGCUAUUACGGGAUUAUCACCAAGCUCAUCAGUGGGUUCACUGGCUUCAGAAAGAUCAACACUUAAUCCUCAUGCCAAGGAAUUUAAAUUCAAUCCAAAUGCAAAAAGUUUCUCCCCAACGAAGACAUCGUUUAGGCCUGCAUCUCCCGUUUCUGAUGGGUCCUUGUACUACUCAACUAAUGUGCCAAAUGUCCCACACAUGCAUGGUUUGCCUGUAAGCAUGGGUAUGGGACCAUCAUUCUCUAGUCAUCAGCCUGUUAUGUUUAAUCAUCAGUCUCUACCAAUGCAGUCACCUCAAACUUAUUAUCAUCCCAAUGGACCUCAGUAUGGGCAGCAGAUGCUUCUUAGUCAGCCUCGCCAGGUCCUCUACAUGCCGACUUAUCCUCCAGAAAUGCAGUUCAAAGGAAGAGAGUUUUAACCAGUGUUGGGGCUGGCUGUGACCUCGAUGAUCCAUGCCGAGGAGAGAAGCAUGUGCACUCAUGGUUGUGGUAUUUUUAUCGGGGGGAAAAUGCAGUAGAAAGGAGAGUUUCAGCCCAAUAUUGUCUGGCUGCCGUCUCAUGGGUAAUUUGUGAAAGGCUUAGAGCUACCCACAAUUGGAAUGUUCUCACUGUCCAAUUUCUAGCAACUAAUCCAGAUCCCAUGUUUACCGUGUCCCCUUUAUUUAACCUGUUUGCAAGUUUUUUCUGUUUUGUUUUGGGGCUGUGUUUCAAUAUUGUAGGUUCUUAUUACCAUAGUGAAUAAAGCUUGGGUGGUUUGUUUAAUUUGUUUUGAUGUUUCAUAAAGAUGUAACUUAUGCUAAAUUAAUGUAGAAAAAUUAAAUGUGGACCUUUUUUUGGUCA